AUAUUAUAUUUACUAUAUGAAUGUGCUUGUAGUUGCUUGUAGUACAUAUACAAAUGUCGUACUAAUACUACACUAUGGCAGAGUAUUAAACAGUAAUAAAUCUACUGACAGUAGUCUCAGUCUCAGUUCCGGUUCCGGUUCCGGUUCCGACCUGUCACCCAACAUACUCACUAAGUAUGAGACGCACGUGAUAUGUUUUCCCUGUCUAAUCCCAGUGGUUCUGUGGGGCUGGGCUAGCUGGCCCGACCUGCAUACGUGCCAGUAGCAAACACUACAGCGAUGGCAAUGACUAAGUAGAGAUACAAGAUAAGCAGAAGCAGUGAGUCUAUAUAGUCUGAAUAUUACUAUACUAUUCUUAGAAUUACCGACCAUGAGUGUUGGAUGUCAAAUCGUACGAGCGCAACAAGCCUUAACAGUACCGUUAGUGCUAAUCACUCUAAUGCUACCGACAUCUAUACGGUUAACAUCAUCAUCUCCUAGAGGAAAUGGAAGUAGUGGGAAAGGUGGAAGUAAUGAAGAUGGGAAAUGUGAAUUAGUAGGAACAUUCUCAUUAAUUACGCAAGCAUUUUUGGGAUUACUAUGUCUAUCAUCACUUAUAAUUAAACGAUUUUAUGAAUAUCCCGUAAGGAGAACAUGGCCAGUAUGGAUGUUUGAUGUAUCUAAACAACUUAUUGGAGCAUUAGGAGUUCAUAUAUUUAAUGUAUUAUUAUCCAUACUUAAAUCGGAAAAUAAUGAUAAUGAAAUUAUUAAAUUUAUAAUAGAUGAUAAUAAUGAUGAAAGUAGUGGUGACUUGAAUGAUCCCUGUAAUUGGUAUUUUUUAAAUAUUGUAUUUGAUUGUACUAUUGGAGUUUAUGUACUUUAUCUUGUAUUUAAAGCUGCUAAUAAAUUUUGUAAAAGUUAUUUACAUAUAACUCAAAUUCAAUCAGGUGAUUAUGGUCCAGAUCCUAAUAAACCUUCAAUUCAUGCUUAUUGGAAACAAUUAACAAUAUACUUUACUUCAUUAAUGAUUACAAAAUUUAUUCUUUAUGGUAUAGUUGAAUGUUUUGAAACUCAAAUAUUAUGGGUUAUUGAACAUAUUAUAUUAGCAUGGUUAGAUAAAUAUCCUGAAGAAGUUGAAAUAUUUAUGGUAAUGUUUAUUGUACCAAUAGUUAUGAAUUGUUUACAAUUAGUUUUAGUAGAUAAUUUUAUUAGAAAUCAAGUUUGGCUGAGAGUUAAUGAUAGAAUUCAACAAGAAGCAAUGAAUGGUACUGUAAUAAUUGAUGAUGAUGAAAGUUUCCUUCGACAAGAAAUUGCAAAUUUAGCUAAUCAAGAAACUAGACUUAUAAAUCCUCAUAAAUCUCAUCGUUAUUCAAUGGAUUCUCAAAUUGUAACUCAUAGUGAUAGUAGUAAUAGUACUAUUUAUGUUGGAGAAAACUUUAAGAGUUAUGGAUCCAUUAAUCAUGAUAGAGAUGGGGAAAUUUAAUAGAAUAAUAAUAAUAUAAUAUAAUUUAUUUCUUUUAUGAUAUAUACUUAACUUAAUUAGAA